CAUAGAGACGUUAUCUCCCCUCGCCGGCAUUCAGCUCCUUCCUUUCCUUCACACCGUUUUAGGUUUUUUUUUUUCCUGCUUUAAUUCCAACUUUGUGCUCCAGUUGAUCACUGCAGGAUGAGCAGCAGGAUGGGUCCCGUAGAGCUGCUCCACAUGACCGUCUUCUCUCAGAGUUUCUCUCCAUGUGGUCGAUACCUGGCAGCCGGUAACAACUACGGAGAGAUCGCCCUCUUCAGCUUGUCUGCAGCUCUGAGUCCAGAGGCCACCAGACUGAGUCAGAAACCUGUCCUCACAUUCACAGCUCAUGAGGGUCCAGUGUUCUGUCUCCUCUCCACCGACUGUCAGCUCCUCAGUGCAGGGAACGGAGAGGUCAGCGCCUGGAGCUGGGCCGAACUUAUCAAGAAGAAUGUCAAACCUGUGUGGACAAAAAGACCAAACUACAAAUCCAGUCUGGAGAUCCCCGAGAUCAACGCCAUGAUCAUCAACCCCAGAGACAACAGUCUGGUAAUCGGAGGAGGAGACAACAACAUCCACAUCCUGGACCUGGAGAACGGAGUCUUCAAGGCGGUGCUGCAGGGUCACUCGGACUACGUCCACUGUGUGAGCGUGAGAGAGAGGGAGGCCGAGAUCCUGUCGGGGGGGGAGGACGGCGCCGUGAGGAUGUGGGACAGCCGGACAAAUCAGUGUGUUCACUGCAUCGAGCUCUACAAAUACGAGAGCUGUGCUCGGCCUCAGUACGGUAAAUGGAUCAGCUGUCUGACCACAGACUCCGACUGGAUGUUGUGCGGUGGAGGUCCGUCUCUGUCCCUGUGGCAUCUCCGCUCUCUGUCUCCGACCUCCGUCUUCCCGCUGAAGGGCAGCCAGAGACAGGCCACCUUCCACCAGGACUUGAUCUUGACCGUCGGUGAAGGUCCGUACGUGUCCCACUGUCUGCUGGGUGGAGACGUCAAAGCUCAGAUCCCCUGCACACCGCAGAGCCUGAACACACUGCAGCUCAACACCAACAGCACCGAGCACAGGGUCCUGACCGUGGGCGGCACCAGCAAUCGCAUCGACGUGUUCACUAACCUGUCGUACCGAGCGUUUUCACUCAGCUUCUGAAACGCGCUCAGCGACGUGGUGACAUGUUGGUUUCUGUCAGUAUUUCCACAGUUUUUAGAAACACCGUUCACUGCUUUUGUAUCGUUUAUUCUGAAGGUAAUAAAAUAUUUUGUCUCAUUUUA